GCGGGGGCGGAGCACGGCGCUGGCGGCGGCGGGCACUCGCGCUCGGUCGGCGCGGAGCCUGUGUGCGGCGGCCCGCGGUGCUCCGGCCGAGGCGGCAGCGCUCCGGGCGGGGGCGGGGUGCCGGGCUCCGGCGCCGCUUGCCGGCAAGGAGGAGGAGGAGCGGACCGGCUAGUGAGGCGGCGGAGGAGGAGGAAGGGAGGGAGGCAGGGAGCGAGCGAGCAGCGGCGCUCGGUCGGCCCGCAGCGCUGCCGCCGCCACUUCCCCGCUGGGCGCCAGCCUGCCCGCGAACCCGAUCCGCUCCCGGAAACUCUCGGCGGGCCUCUUGCCGCGGCGGCGGGGGCUCGGCAAGGCUCUCCGCCCCGGCGCGGCCGGCGGUCGGUCGGUCGGCGGGGGGCAACUUCUAGCACUUCUCCGGAAGAGACUUGGGGCUGCCCCGCGCCGGGGGCGGCGGCGGCGCCUGGGGUACGUCCAUCCGUCCGUCCCCCGCCCGCCGCGGCGGAAGAACUUUCCCUUCCGAGCGCGGGGCGGCGAACGGGGCCCGGGAGCGCCGGUGGCGGCGGGAGGAGCGCGGCGCCGGCGGCGGGGCCGGCCGGGCGGCCGCGGAGAUGAAGCUGAGCCGGCAGUUCACAGUGUUCGGCAGCGCGGUCUUCUGCGUGGUGAUCUUCUCCCUCUACCUGAUGCUGGACCGCGGCCACUUCGACCACCCGAAGAGCCCCCGGCGGGAGGGCACCUUCCCCAAGGGCCAGCUUUCAAUAUUGCAAGAAAAAAUAGAUCACUUAGAACGCCUAUUGGCAGAAAAUAAUGAGAUUAUUUCAAACAUACGAGAUUCUGUAAUCAAUCUGAGUGAAUCAGUAAAGGAUGGUCAAAAAAAUCCAGAGGCUAUAAACUUCAGUCAAGGAUCUGUCUCUGAGCUUUUUCCAUCUGCUUCAGUUUCACUUGUAGUUGAUUCUGAGGAUUGUUUGUUUGCUACAAAAAGUGGAAGCCAUGCUUCAGGUGUACAGAUGUUGGAUGUCUAUGACAUUCUUCCUUUCGAUAAUCCAGAUGGUGGCGUGUGGAAACAAGGAUUUGAUAUCACAUACAAUGAAAAUGAAUGGGACAAUGAACUGCUUCAAGUUUUUGUCGUGCCUCACUCACAUAAUGACCCAGGCUGGCUGAAGACUUUUGAUGAUUACUUCAGAGAUCAGACACAGCAUAUCUUAAAUAAUAUGGUUAUAAAACUGCAAGAAGACAGCCGAAGAAAAUUUAUGUGGUCUGAGAUUUCCUACUUUUCAAAAUGGUGGGAUGGAAUAGAUAGCCAAAAAAAGGAUGCAGUUAAAAGGUUAAUAAAAGAUGGACAAUUUGAAAUAGUAACAGGAGGAUGGGUCAUGCCUGAUGAAGCUUCUCCUCAUUAUUUUGCUUUAAUUGACCAACUGAUAGAAGGACAUCAAUGGCUAGAAAAGAACCUUGGAGUAAAACCAAAGUCUGGUUGGGCAAUUGAUCCUUUUGGGCAUUCACCAACAAUGGCCUACCUUCUGAAACGCACAGGAUUUUCCAAUAUGCUUAUACAGAGAGUUCAUUACUCAGUUAAAAAACAUUUUGCAACACAGAAGACACUAGAAUUUUUUUGGAGACAGAACUGGGAUUUAGGAUCCAGUACAGAUAUCCUUUGUCAUAUGAUGCCUUUCUAUAGCUAUGAUGUUCCUCAUACUUGUGGACCAGAUCCAAAAAUCUGCUGCCAGUUUGAUUUCAAACGUCUUCCUGGAGGAAGAGUAAGCUGUCCAUGGAGAGUUCCACCAGAAGCCAUUCAUGAUGGAAAUGUUCAACACAGGGCUUGGAUGGUUUUAGAUCAAUACAGAAAGAAGUCAAAGCUUUUUCGCACUAAAGUUCUGUUGGCUCCACUAGGGGAUGAUUUCCGCUAUGUUGAGAGCUCAGAAUGGGAUCAGCAAUACCAGAAUUAUCAGAAGCUGUUUGAUUUUAUGAAUUCUCAUCCUGAGUGGCACGUUAAGGCCCAGUUUGGAACUUUGUCAGAUUACUUUGAAGCUCUGCGCAAAGAAAGCAAUUUGGAUGAAAAGAGCAGCAACUCAUUUUUCCCUGUUUUAAGUGGAGACUUCUUCACAUAUGCAGACAGAGAUCAUCAUUACUGGAGUGGAUACUUUACAUCACGACCCUUCUAUAAACGACUGGAUAGGGUCCUGGAAUCCUACUUACGGGCAGCUGAAAUCCUCUACUCCUUGGCUUUGGUACAGUCCAGUAAAUCUGAGAAGAUGAGUGUAUUUCCUUCAGUGGAUAACUAUAAAUUGCUGACAGAAGCUAGGAGGAACCUUGGACUCUUUCAGCAUCAUGAUGCUAUUACAGGAACAUCUAAAGAUUGGGUAGUUGUGGAUUAUGGCACUAGGCUUUUCCAUUCAAUAAUGAAUUUGAAGAAAGUGAUAAUUGACUCUGCUCAUAUUCUUAUCCUAAAGGAUAAAGGUGCUUAUAAUUAUGACAUAUCAACUCCGUUCCUGAAGAUGGAUGAUGUUCAGUCUUCCCAAGAUUCCUUGCCACGCAAGACGGUUAUAAAGCUGACAUCACAACCAAGGUACCUUUUAAUAUAUAAUCCUACGGAACAAGAGCGAUUUUCAGUAGUCUCCGUCAAUGUGAAUUCACCUAGAGUUAAAUUACUAUCUCCUUUGGGAAAACCUGUUACUGUCCAGAUUAGUGCUGUUUGGGAAGGAGCAACUACAGUAUCACAUGAAGCAUAUCAGAUCUCUUUUGUGGCACAUCUACCACCUCUGGGGCUUGGAGUUUACCAGCUUUUGGAAGUUCAGAGUUCAGAAGCAGUUUUAGCAGACUAUAAUAUAUACAUAAGGAGUAGUAGUCAGGAGAAGCCAGACAGACUUUUCAAGAUAAAAGAGAUACAGAAUUCUGUGGAUAAUAUAAUCUUAGAAAAUUCUUACAUGAAACUGUGGUUUUCUGGAAUGUCUGGAUUACUGGAGAAAAUAAAUACCAAAGAGGAUGGUAGAAAUCAUCAAAUUAAGGUGGAGUUUGCUUGGUAUGGAACUACAAAUAACCGGGAUAAAAGCGGAGCUUAUCUCUUCUUACCAGAUGGAGAUGCCAAGCCUUAUAUUUUCACAGAUCCACCUACCAUAAGAGUUGCUCAUGGAAGGAUUUUCUCAGAAGUUGUAUGUUUUUUCCACCAUGUGACACAUACCAUGCGACUGUAUAAAGUCCAGGGUUUGGAAGGCCAGUCUCUUGAAGUUUCCAAUAUUGUGGAUAUUAGAGGAGAAUAUAACCGUGAGCUUGCAAUGAGAAUUUCAUCUGACAUAAACAGUGAAAACAGAUUCUAUACUGAUCUUAAUGGAUAUCAGAUCCAGCCCAGACUGACGAUGAGCAAAUUGCCUCUUCAAGCAAAUAUCUAUCCUAUGACUACAAUGGCUUAUAUCCAAGACGUUGCUGUUCGUUUAACACUUCAUUCAGCUCAGUCUCUAGGUGUUGCAAGCUUGAAAAAUGGUCAACUGGAAGUGAUCAUGGAUCGUCGACUUAUGCAGGAUGACAACCGUGGCCUUGGACAAGGUGUCCAAGAUAACAAGAUUACAGCUAAUAUCUUCCGACUUCUGCUGGAAAGAAGACAUGGAACAGAUGUGAAUGAAGAAAAGGCAUCAGUCAGUUUUCCCUCACUUCUUAGCCAUAUGACUUCUUCUUUCUUAAAUCAUCCUGUAAUUCCAAUGACAACAUAUGCAGAUUCAGGUGUCCCAGAGAUGCUAAAUACAUUUUCUCCCCUCAUCUCAUCCAUGCCUUGUGACAUGCACAUAGUCAAUCUAAGGACAAUCCAAUCAAAGGUAGAUACUGAGCCGUCUGAUGAAGCUGCUCUGAUUCUUCACAGAAAGGGUUUUGACUGUAGAUUUUCAAACAGAGACAUGGGUCUUCUCUGUUCCACUACUCAGGGAAAGAUAAAGGUGCAUAAACUCUUUAACAAAUUCAGAGUGGAAAGUCUUACACCAACAUCUUUAUCUUUGAUGCAUUCACCUCCAGAUGCCAGAAAUAUGAGUGAAAUAAAUAUGAGUUCUAUGGAGAUAAAUACCUUCCGGAUUCGGCUAAGAUGAAAUCUGGCUUUAGUACUCAGAUAGAGAAGAGGAAUCUGCAAUUAUAUCUCCUCAAGUUUCACGUGCAAUAAGAAGCACAUUCUUGUUAUUCCAGCUUCUGGAUACUGUGAGAAAAACAUGCAUUCUAUAAGUUUUUUGACCAACACAGUGAAAAGCCAUGUUGCAAGAAAUGUUUUUGUUUGGUUUGGGGUUUUUUUUCAUAGAAUAGGAACAUCAGUAUAAGUUAAUGCAACAAGUUAAAAAACUUCUAAAGAUGUUAACCUCUCAACAGAUUAAAUCUCAGGUUAAAUGCUAACUGAUGAUGUUUCUGGUGUUUUAAUUUUCAUAAGGAGGGGAUUGGAUUUUAAACAGCCUUCUUUGCUGAUCCUUGAUGAGUUUAUGUACAAAUAAGUGUAGAAAGUCCUGAUGCAGCUUGGAAAUAAAAUGGAACAAAAUGUUCUUCUGUAGUAGCUAAUGUCCAAAUAUUUACAAUCAUUUAUAUAAAUUACAAUAAUCUCAAUUUAUUCCACAAUUAAUUUCAAUUUAUUCAACACAAAGGGGAUUAUUAAUUGUGGUAAAAUGAAAGCCUGCAGUACUUGUGAUAAGUGAUGGUAGAUUUUAAUACUUCUACCAUUCACCUGAGUUAUGUAAAUAGGAAAACAUGAACGUACAAAAUAAUUUUGCAAUGGAAAUGUUUAAUAAAACUCCCAUUUUGUUACUUGA